AUGGUAUCUCUCAUUGUACAGGUUAUUGAGGAUAACGGUGUUCGAAGGGUUGUGGUGGUUCCCCAGGCUCCAGAAUUUCAUCCUGGUGGUCACGCAGUGUUACACAGGCCUCCGCAUCCCCCACUGCCUGGCUUCCUUCCUCUUCCAGCCAUGAUACCCCCUCCACCACGUCAUAUAUACUCACCCGUGACCGGAGCUGGUGACAUGGCAACACAGUACAUUCCACAGUAUCACACUUCACAAGUAUAUGGUGAUCUGGAUACUCUGCCUGCUCAUGGAAGAUCCAACUUUAGAGAUGAAAGGUCUAGUAAAACAUACGAAAGGCUACAAAAAAAAUUAAAAGAUCGGCAUGGAACUCAGAAGGAUAAGUUAAACAGUCCUCCAUCAUCUCCUCAGAAAUGUCCUUCUCCUACAAAUGAACAUAAUGGACUUACGAAAGGACAGGAUGCAGCUGGUAUAAGCACAGGUUCUACCAAAAGCAAGUCUUUGGGUAAAGGAAAAAGCAAUUCUCAGACAGACACAGAAGUAGAAGAAAAGGAUGAAGAAACAAAAGCACUUGAAGCACUUCUUUCCAAUAUAGCCAAGCCAGUGGUGUCAGACAUUCAGGCAAGAACAGCACUACUUAUGUGGUCCCCUCCAUCCAGUAAUACCCAAGAAGACACUGACAAGAAUGAUAUACCAGAGGUUUAUACUUAUGAAGUGAUGAUUUCAAAUACUGGAAAAGAUGGAAAGUACAAAACUAUAUACGUUGGAGAAGAAAAUAAACUUACUGUGAAUGAUCUCAGGCCAGCAACUGAUUACCAUGCAAAAGUCCAAGUAGAAUGCAAUUGUGUAAAGGGGAGCCCUUCAGAAGCAGAGAGUUUUACCACAAUGAGUUGUGAACCUGAUACUCCAAAUCUACCCAGGAUAACUAAUCGGACCAAAAAUUCUCUUACUUUGCAGUGGAAGGCGUCUUGUGAUAACGGUUCUAAAAUCCACACUUACCUUUUAGAAUGGGAUGAAGGAAAAGGAAAUGGAGAGUUUUGCCAGUGUUAUUAUGGCCAACAGAAGCAGUAUAGGAUUACUAAACUAUCACCAGCAAUGGGGUACACCUUUAGGCUAGCGGCCAAAAAUGACAUGGGAAUGAGUGGUUUUAGUGAAGAAGUCCUGUAUCAUACCUCAGGCACUGCCCCAACCACACCAGCAAGUCCUUUGCUGAUUAAUGCUGGAGUUACUUGGUUAUCCCUACAGUGGACAAAACCCUCAGGAACACCAUCAGAUGAAGGAAUCUCGUAUAUAUUAGAGAUGGAGGAUGAGAACUCAGGAUAUGGUUUCAAGCCAAAAUAUGAUGGUGAUGAUCUUACCUACACGGUGAAGAAUUUGAAGCGUAGUACAAAAUAUAAAUUUAGGGUCAUUGCCUAUAACUCAGAAGGGAAAAGCAGUCCAAGUGAGACAGUAGAAUACAUUACUUGUCCAGACAAGCCUGGAGUACCUUCAAAACCUGCAGUGAAAGGAAAAGUACACGCACAGAGUUUUAAAAUAACCUGGG